ACAGCGAGCACAGUUACUGUUCCAAGCACUGAUAUUGGUUUCAAGUCGGACCCUUUUCUAGAGUCAAAGACCUUUUUAAUCUUACAGACGAAAUCCAAGUCUAUAUUCACAAAACUCAGAACCUAUUGCGGAGAAUGAAUAAUUAAUGCCACAUUAUGUCAGUUACAUUUUGACUUUGAGAUGCAUUUUAUUUUGGCUAUCAUGUACAACUUUCUUCCCCCAAAUAUUAUAUUUAUGACAAAACGACAAGCAUAUUAUACAGUUCCAUGCCUAAUGAUUUAAACCACAAUUCAACGUUGUAAUGUUAUUUUUUUCUUUCCGACUACACCCGCCGAAUAUUAGGAAUGGUAUAACCCGGAAGUCAAGUCAUUUUGCGGGAAGAUUUGUCAGUUUGGAUUGAAUUUUGUUUGCCUACAUCAGUCCUUCAAACUCGUUUUAAACUCCAAGAUGAGUACCAGAAAGGGCAGAGGAGGCACUGUGGUGCCCGUUGCACCAGUUGGCAACAAGAAAACAUCCUCUCUGGAUUCUGACAACCAAUCUACCAUUGGUUGUGCCAGUUUCAUAGAAGGUCUUCAGCAAAAAAGUGGUAACCCUCUGCACAGUACUGCCAUAGAAGAAGAUCUGAGCUCGCCAAAGGUGACCCAGAUGGCAAAAAGUCAAGUGGGGAAGAACAUCACACAGAAAGUAAAAAACAUCGUCAAAACCAGGCCUCGGAAGGACGAGCUAGCAAAGGUAGAAAAGAAGAGUGGUCCAGCCAACAGAAGGUCAAGUGAUUCACAGGAAGAAUCAGACCCUGGCGCUGGCUCCAAAAAGAAACAAAAUGAAGUCCUGUCCUUUGAUGAUGACACAGAUGAGGACCCAAGCUGGAACCCAAGCCCAAAGAAAGCAAAACUAAAAAGUGUGGAGAGACGCCCCAAAAAGUUGUCCGCAGCAGACAAGACCCGAAGGGUUCAAAAGAAAAGGACGAAAAGAUCUGGAGGAGAAACAGAGUUGGAAGUGGUGAUGGAGGCCUUCCUGGGUUUCUGUGAUGAGUACAAGGAUUCUGUGGAGUCUAAUGCAGUCAAGCAGUCUAUUGAUUGUUUCUCCAACAAUGUCAAGGAGCAACUACUUGAAAAGAUUGCCUCCUAUAAAGAGUUUAAGGUUCUGAAACGGGAAAACGCCAAGGUAUGCUCCAUGAUCCGUGCAAAGACACAGAAACUUUUGGAUGCCAAGCAUGAGCUAAUUAGGGCAGAGAGACAAGUGAGCCUGCUGCAAAAGGAGAAAGCUGAACUCAAACUCAGAUUGGAAGAUCUGCGAAGAAGCCAGGCUUUUCUCAAAGAUAUUAGACAACUCACCAAAGUGUAUCUGGACUACCGGACUGCACAUCCGAAAGAGAAAGAGAAAUAUGGUGCAUCCAGUUUACCAGCUCUACUACUGCAGACCAAAAAUAUUCAGAGAGCACAGGACCAGCUAAGGCAGAUCAAUAACAAAUUGGAGAAAAAAGUGAAGGGGAAUGGCAUAUAAUGUGCUGGACUGCAGAGCCAUAUAGCAAUACACAACUCAACAGUCACAAAAUCUUCUUGGUUAAGUACUGAUAAGUGUAAUAUUUGCAAAUGACAAAAUGUAGUGUGUCUUCAAACUAGAGAGUGGUAUCAUAUUGUAUGUUAAGAAAUCCACAAGUAAAAUGAGUCUAAUUGAUUUGUUCUGCAAUUGUAGAUGCGUGUGCGUUUUUUCUGCCUCUGUAAAUAACUGAAAAUAAAAAAUUUGCUGUUUCGAAAA